AUGAAACCCAUCCUCAUCGUCUUCACCUUCGGCCUCCUUAUCAACCAGGCCCAGGCCUGUGGCAUACCCGGCGCAUUCUGCAGCCGCUGGGGUGCUAAAGCAUGCGAGUGCAAUGGAGGACACCUAUUGGAGUGUCAGGUCACCGUGGCUCCGACGGUUGAUGGCCAGGGCGGCGAGACCGAGGCGUUCUGGACCAAGAUCAGGAACUGUCCUGUGCCGGCUGGUGGCGGGUUGCAGUGUGUUGACGGGGCUUGUACUUCUUGAUCGGUCAAUAAUAGAAGGCAUGGAGGAUUAAAUGGUUAGGGGUGAUAUGCUAGGGUAGAUGACUGCGGUGGGAUUGCUGAUAGGGGAUAGUGGUGGAAGAAAUGCUGUUGUACGGUCG